AUGCCCACAACACAAUAUUUACCUGAAGCAUGGGAACCAGACUCCUCUAUGCAACAAUAUACCUUGUUUUCUAUGAUGCAGGCAACCUUACCUUGUAUUUCUGAUGAAAUCACAUCCCUUUGUUUCCCUGAUGCAGCAAGUUAUGUUAGUCUUCCAAUUAUUGAUCUUGGUUUAUACUUGAAAGAUAAGAAUUCUGAAUUGGCAAUUGAAGAAUGUCAUAAAACAGCAAAAGCAUUAAAAGAUUAUGGUGCCUUAUUGAUUAAAGAUCCUCGUGUGACGGAAGAUGAUAAUUCCAGGUUUUUGGAUUUACUUGAAGAUUAUUUUGAUCAGCCUUUUGAAACAAAACUUAAAGAUGCGCGCCCAGAAGUUGGAUACCAAGUUGGUGUAACACCUGAAUUGAUAGAAGAACCAAAAUGUCAUCGUGAUAUUAAUUGUCAAAAGAUAAUUGAACAAAUGCCAAAAGAAAGUCGACCUUUGAUUUCAGAAGGACCUGAUCCAAAAUGGAGAUUUUUUUGGAGAAUUGGUGAGCUUCCUGAACAAACAAAGUUUCCACGACUUAAUUCUGAUCCUGUUGUACCUGAAGCUUUCAAGGAUAUGUGGUCAACGAUCAUGAAUCAAUGGGGCAAACAAUUACACCAAACUGUUGUAGAUGUGGUGGAAAUGACAUCUGUUGGAUUUGGAAUGGCUGCAAGUUAUUUACCAGAUCUUACAAAAAAAGGACCACAUCUUUUAGCACCUACUGGAAGUGAUUUAAACAAAUAUGGAAAACUUGGAACCAUAUUAGCUGGAUUUCAUUAUGAUUUAAAUUUUGUAACUAUUCAUGGUAAAUCACGAUUUCCUGGACUGAAUAUAUGGCCACGCAAUGGAUCAGAAAAAAUAAAUGUUCGUGUUCCAGAUGGGCAUCUUUUAGUUCAGGCUGGCAAACAGCUUGAAUGGUUGACUGGUGGUGAGGUCAAGGCUGGUUAUCAUGAGGUUAUUGUAACAGAGGCCACAAUCAAGGCUAUUGAAGAUGCAAAGAAAAUUAGACCAAAUAGACCACUAUGGAGAAUUUCUUCAACUUUUUUUUUACACAUUGCCAGUGACAAUCUUUUAAAGCCUAUUGAACCUUUUUUCAAACCAAAUCCUUCUCUCUAUCCACCAAUAGCAACAGGUGAUCAA